AUUUCCAUGUCUACAAAUUGAUCAACUACAUGACGAAAUGAGUGUAUUAGGUGUUAUGAUGUCGUUUUUGCUUAAGGCAAUUGAGUAUUCGUCCAGAGCAAUUAGUUCAGUGAUACGAGUGAAUUACGAACUGGUGACAGUCGUGCUGCAGUAUUGUGUUCAGGGUUUAACAAUCGUGUACCACUUUUCUUCCGUAGCCCUGACAGUAUUGUUCAAUAUAAUUUCAUCAGGGGUUGAUUUCCUCAAUGAAUGCUGCAAUUUCAGUUAUGGGUUAGUCAUGCUUAUUUGGAAAUUUUCAAGAUUCCUUGCAAGCAUACUGGAUAUAUUGUUCCAGGGAAUGGAGUUUUUGACUAAUUUCGUUAUGACUGGGAGCAAAUGGAGCGCAAGUGCCUUGUAUAUAUCCGUCUCUGACCUUAAACAAAAUUCAUACAAAUCUUUUGUGUGUAUCUCUGAUGUUGUUACUCAGUGGUCAAAGAUUUCAACAGGAGGAUUCACCCUUGUUUGGAAUUUAACAUAUAGUGUCAUUGCCAGUGCUUUUCAUUCAUUGAACUACAUUUUAUCCUUGUCAUGGAGGUUAUUUGAUAAUAUGAUGAUAGGAUUUGCUGAAGGUGUGAGGUUUUUAACUGAUCAGAUGUAUUUCUUUCUUGUUUAUUAUCUUCCAAACAUUCCUAAAGAGACAUAUCUAGGCCUGAUAACAUUAUUACUUCUAUAUAUUUUUGUCAUUAGCAUUUUAAACCACUUGUCCAACCACGACAUGACAUUUCCCAUUCUGAACCAUUUUGGACAGCCAAGCAGAUUGCGGGAGGAAGUACAAGAUGAGGGUCACUUUGAAUUCUCUGAUGAUGAGGUGAAUGCAAGCGAGGUUGAAAGUGAAAUGGAUAAUGAAAGUAUAUCUGAUGAAGAUGAAGAAGAGGAUAUUGAAUUUGAAGUGACAGAUGAUUCUGAUGACUCUGGAAGUGGAAACCUUUCGGAUGACAGUGAUGGAACAAGUACAACUUUAAGUAAUGAUAUUGACAUUCAGCUUCCACUGACUACAAAUGGAAGGUAUAACCUAAGGCGAUCUACAACACCUUCUCAGAGCAGUUUUAAAAGACAUGAAGAUUUUGAACGUGAGAUAGAGAAAGAACGAGAAAGGCAAAAGUGUGUGGUAUGUCAGGAUCAGGACAAAUCAGUGCUCAUUCUUCCUUGCAGACACAUGUGCUUGUGUGUAGACUGUGGAAACCAAAUUGCAAGGGCAAGGAAUGUAGCCCGCAGAACUUGUCCAUUAUGUCGUCAGAAGAUUCGAACUAUCAUGAAUGUUUAUGUGUGAUGAAACCUAAAUUACAAUUGGUGCUGUUAAGCCUUUAUAAGUUUUUGUUUUAUUAUUUUUUUAUCUUGAUGGGCAGCCAUCUUGAUUUGACAGUGAAAGAUUAUUAUUGCUAUUUCUUUGAGUAGCGUUCCAGCUAGAGUAGGUCAUCAGAGCACUGCACCCUGCCCUCAUUAGACUACUAAACUAAACCUUAUUCUCUUUGUGAGUGCUCUGCCUGAAAUCUUGAAGCCCUGGUUUUCUUUCUGACCUUGCAGUUUUUCGGCUGAUGAAAAAUGUUGCCAAAGUCUAGAAAUAAACAGAGGUGUAUCUACUUUACUAAAUGUCUCUCUCUGUCUGAAGCAGGUGCGUUUAUUGUAUUUCAAACAAUAGGAUGUCAGUUGGAGGUGACAAUAAUUGCCUCUGGGUCCACAGCACAGGUUGACCCCACAGGUAUGAGGUGUGCAACACCACACCAUUCAUUGUCAUUGCAGGCGAUAAGGGUUGCUCAUAAUUAGAUGAUACUUACAGGCAAAAACAGAAGUAUAAAUAUAAAUUGUUAGAACUUUAUACUGAAAAAAGAUUUAGAAAUGCCCUUCCAUACCAAUUUUUUACAUACAAAAAUUUCCUUUUUUGGGUCAUCCGACUUGGGGGCUGGGACCAAGAAGGGGAAGUUAAACAAAAUUUUGUUCCAGGAUGCUAUGCCUUAUUAAUGCCGGAGUAGGUUUCAAUCAAAUUUGGCCUGAAACAUCAUCAUGGGGUGUCAAUGAUAUCAAACAUGCAUAAAGUGAUCCUGAGAUUUUUCCUGAUCAAAUCUUAUUUUAACUCAUCUUGAGUCUGCACUUCCUUUCAACUUUCAUUCACACCAUGGAGAAAAAUUUUUGGAGAUUGAUUUGUUAAAGUUUCGACGUGGAAACCACACUAGCCAUUAUGUAACAUGAUUAUGCAAAUUUAUGAAGAGAACCUACUAUUUAUGAGUUUCUGAUACUUUCAAGGAAUGUUCAAAAAUCAGAUUUGUCAUUCCAUUAUCAGCGAAUUCUGUGGUUUGUCAAUCCAUUCGUCAAUUGUCAGUUGACCUUAAAUGGCCAUGGUCCUCUUGUUUUAGGUAUUAUUCAAACCAAAAUUUUCAGUCCAAAUCCGUGAUAGGUGGUGCUGUAAUCACACUAAAAAUGAAACAUGAAACUAAUUUGUCACAACAUGUAAAGUUUGAUUUUUUUUUCACAAAGAAUCUUCUUGUAGACCAUCCUUCAAUUCUAAAAUUCUUUCUCAGUUGAAAGUAUUAGAAAUUUAUAAAUGGUAGGUUCUGUACAUACCACAAAAUGGCUAAUGUGGUUACCAUGUUGAAGUUUUGAUCAGACUGAAAAAUAACAAAUCAUCUUUUUCGUUUCCUUAAAAAAUCAAUCUCCAAAUAGUCUUCUCAAAGGUGUGAAUGAAACUUGAAAAGUUCAAUUUUGGACCAAAGCCAGAAAAUAAGAUUUGGUUUGGUCAAUCUCAGGAUCACUUCAUGUUUGUUUGAUAUCAUUGCCACUUCCUGAUGAUGUUUGAGGUCAAAUUUGGUUGAAAUCUACCAAGGCAUUAAGAAGUAGUAGCAUUUUGGAACAAAAUAUUGUUUAACUUCCCUUUCAGGAGUCCCACCCUUAAGAUCAUAGGGGUUAAAUCAACUUUGUGAAUUAAGGAAAUGAUUCGCCAAACAACUAUGAUGUUUUGUACCACAUUUGAUGUAAAUCCACUUAAGAAUUAAGGAAGCAUAGCAAUUUGAUGCAGAAUUAUUGACUAAUUUUCCUAUUUGAAGCCCUGCUUCCAAGUCUCUUUGGAUCAUAUAUGUAUGAUAUGAAAUGUUGCAAAACAUUAUUCAAACUUUUAACUAUUAGAUUCCAAACUAGUUAAAUUAUGUUAAAUAUAAUCAUGAUUUGGUCGGAAAUGUAUACUCAUUUAGGCAGUAGCGAUUGCUUUUUUUAUGAUUUUAGGGAGUGGGGGAGAUAAAUUUGUUUUUAUUCCCUCUGGUCAGUCCACUGUCAAUAUUUGUAUGUUGUUUGACAGGAACAUUAAACAUGCUUUUGAAUUGCUUUUGAUGUUUGCACUGCAGGUUUUACAUACAAUUAUUGGAAUUUUUUUUUUUAACUUUUAUAUCAAGUCAAAGGAAAAGGGUUCUAGCCUCCUGUUAACUAGUUCACUUAGGUUAGCACAUAUUCACGCUUUGGAAAAACGAUUAUCUUAAUAUGUUACUUGCGACCAUGGGAAAAUUUCAACAGUUUUUUGGGGGGGUUAAUGUUGAUAAAUAUGACAUUACUCUCACAGGUCAGGCACCAGAUAUCUGGAUAUCUUCACAAUAUUUCACAAAGAUAACAGAGAUGGUUUUAAAACACUUUUGCUGUUUGCACUCAGGAUGGCGGACUGGGAUAUUGGUUUAAGCUAGCUUGAUCACAUGAUUGGAAACUUCGCGUAAGCGAUUAGAAAGCCUUUAAACAUUUCUUUUUAUAUCAUUGUGACAAAAGAAUUUACAAUGCAAAAGAGUGACCGGUGAGAAUGGUGUCAUUUUUAUUUCCUCGACCCCUGAAAAUGAGGAAAAUAGAUGAAACCCACAUGUUUGUGCACUACAUAUGAAACUGAUUUGAGUUAAACCACUCAUUGAAGAAAAAAUUACUGUAUUAUAUAUAUAUAUCUGCUCUUAGUGUUAUA